GAAGUUAAGAAAUUGUUAAUAUUUCUUAACAAAAUCACAAUAACAGAUGAGAUUUAUGAGGUCUACUUUGUUUAUAUGGGUUAGAAGAGGGCAGCGUUGUAUUUCAACAGAAGCAUUUCAGAUACAAGUUAUUGGAGCACUUACAAGAAAGGCAGAAGAAACAAAUGUAUCAAAGAUACAGGAAAUGUCUUCUAAUAGGAGAAAAAAUAUGAAGAAAGACUUAUUUGAAAGAUUAAAGAGGAAAAAGAUUAAUAUUCUGGCGAAUCCAUUGAUACAGGGUAUUUUACCAUAUGAUGAGUCUAAAAUACCCUAUGGAAUGAAGAAUAGUACAUUAAAAAAGGGAUAUAUGGGGUUACCACGUCCAAACAAUGCAAGUAUUAUGGAUACGAAUCUUAUUCCAUAUGAGGAAUAUGAAGAUUUAUUAGCUUUAUUAAGGGAUAUAAACAGAGGAGUAAGUAGGAAAGAAGAGGGGAAUAAUUUGAUAGGGAAUGAAAUGUUAAAAGAGAAAUUUAAAUCAAAAAAGGAUGAUUAUGAAAAAAAUAAGAAGAUAAAUCAUAGUUCUAUAAUUAAAAAAGAGAGUUAUGGGCAAGAUAUGAAUGUUGCUAAGUUUAUGUUUGUUUCUAAAAAAGAUUUGGGUCCAUAUAUGCCAGAUUGGGUUAUAUUAUCAAAAAAAUUAAAUAAUAUAGAACCUAAAGGUUAUGUAGCAAGACAAUUUAAAGGGAUAAAUAAAGGUUUAAAGAGAAUAAAUGUUAAAGUUAAUGAAAAGGAAUCAGAUUGCAAAGAUAUAUUUAAUAUGAAUGAGGUAACUUUUUUUAAUGAUUGUAUAUAUAAAAAUUCGUCAAUAAAGCCAUAUAAGAAGAUAGAAAUGAUUAAUAUUAUAAACGACAUGUUAAAAUGCAAAACUAUUUAGGCAGAGUAUGUAAUGUAACAUAUAUAAUAAUACAUA